AUGAUCAAGCCAGACUGCUAUACUCACAUAGGCAGAGUUAUUGAUUCUAUAAUCCAAGCUGGGCUUACAAUAAAUUCUAUGAAAAUGAUCCGUUUUACCUUAAAUGAUGCAGUUCAAUUCUACUCUGAACAUCAAGGUAAACCAUUUUUCGAUGAUCUAGUCAAUUUCAUAUCCAGUGAUGUCGUAGUUGGCAUGGAAUUGAUCGCAGAAAAUGCUGUAGCAAUAUGACGAGAAUUAAUAGGCCCUACAAAUCCUAAUACAGCCAGAAUUGAUGCACCACGAAGCUUGCGGGCUGUUUUUGGAACUGAAGGAACCCAUAACGCAGUGCACGGAAGUGACUCCCCUUCUAGUGCAAUAACAGAAAUUAGCUUUUUUUUUGGCUUGAAAGGAAACCCUGCAGUGCUUAGUGACUGUGCUUGCUGUAUUAUAAAACCCCAUGCUAUAAAUAACGCAGGUAAAAUUAUUGAUAUAAUUCUUUCUGAAGGCUUUGAAAUUUCAGCUUUACAAAUGUUUAAGCUUGAUAAACAGACUACAGAAGAAUUUUUAGAGGUUUAUAAAGACGUUUUACCUGAAUAUGGAAGUCUUGUAGAUGAAUUUAUAUCAGGUCCUUGUAUAGCUAUGGAAAUCAGACAAGAAAAUGUAGUAGAAAGCUUCAGAGAACUAUGUGGCCCAGCAGACCCAGAAGUCGCCAAACGUCUAAGGCCGAAAUCAAUUAGAUCGCAAUUCGGUAUAAAUAAGGUCCAAAACGCAGUUCACUGUACUGACAUACCUGAAGACGGAAUCCUUGAAUGUGAAUAUUUCUUCAAAAUUAUAAGCAGAUCUACCUAA